AUGGAAGACGAUAUGUGGGCUGUUUCCUCUUCUGGUUCUUCCAGGAGCCAUCGAUCAGCAACAGCUACUAAGUACCAAUCUGGUUCUUAUCUAGAUACGGGAGAUUUUGAGGAAGAUGAUGAUAUAGCAGUGGAUUACCCAUGCCCGUUUUGCUCGGAUGAUUAUGAUUUAGUUGAAUUGUGUCACCAUAUCGAUGAAGAACAUCAACUUGAAGCUAACCAUGGGAAAGAUUACAGCGAGCAGAAGCAAACAUCUUACAUGGAAGAUCCAUAUUCAUCUGAUAAAUAUCUUCAAUCUCUUCUUGAUGAGUUUCCGCCAUCUAUGAAUCAUCAUCAUACCUCUAAAGCUGUCGUCUCCGAUCAGUUUUUAUCGUUCAUCAACAAUUCUCCAUUGCCGAAUCAGACCAAGCCUGUGCAGCCUGAUUCAAGUGUAGAAGACAAGACUUCGAUUACGGAGUCUUCGACAGUGAAAGACGGUAAAUCGUCUUCACCUUUGUCGGAUACUGAACAACUGGAGAAGGCAAAGAAGUGUGAGUUUGUACAGGGACUAUUGUCAUCAGCCAUGUUUGAUGACGGAUGUGACUUCUUCUUCUGA